UUGGAAAUAAUUUUUACAACACUACAAUCAAUAAUGUUUUUCUAAAGUAAUUAUUUGUUGUGUACGUUUGAAUACAACAAUUAAAAAACAAAGAUGAGAAAAGUGGAGAAAUAUUUUUAAAAUGUAUUUGUUGUAAGUGUAAAUCUGGAUCAAAAUGAUGCAACCAUCUUCCGAAGGCUGUAUGAAUAUUGCGGAAUUAGCGAACCAACUGAGAAGGGAAAAGAUUUUCAUAAACUCAGAGAGGCAGCUGCUACAGAAUCUCAAUGAGGAAGUGGAGAAGAAUGUCUUGGAGCUUCUACAAGCCGCUUGGAUCUGCACUCAACAAAGGCAAAACCUGACCAACCUGCUAACGUCCAGGUCUGAGCCUGAUUCUAUUGCGGCUUGCCAGCGGGCAAGUCUUUUGGAGAGAGCGACCUUUGUUGAUGCAUACAAAGUUUUAAGAUACAAGGACGUAAUAGCUGUCGGUGAACUGCUAGGAUGGCUGAAGGAUACACCCCACCUGAUGGCACUCUGCCUGAUGCUGGGCGAGGACCAGCUGCCUGUAAACUUAGCAUCAUCACUGAUCUCCGGGUUGUACGGCAGCUGCAGAUUCCAUGAUGAUAGGACUCGCCUGUUGGCAGUGAUACGGUCAUUGAUAAAACAUCAGCUAGCACCAUCCAGUGAUCCAAGAAAGCUCCUACGCAGCAACAAAUGCGCGCUCGCAGCGUUGUACUGCGCCUUCCGCGACUCACACUCGCCGGCGCGCCAGUGGCUGGUGGCGGUGCUGCAGGCGCCGGUCAUGACGGUGCUGCAGGAGGAUGAGUUCUUCCUCGAUAUAGACCCGGACAAGGCUAUGGACCGGUUCACCCCAUCGGACCGUCUCAAGAAGUUCGGCGCGCCAACCAGCCCCGAGUACGGCGCGAAGACAGCUCGCUAUCGGCGCUGGGCGGUGCAGUCCUUGUACAAUCUCACCGCGCGCUUUGUGGUCGCAUUACGGGAGAACUGGGCGUCCUUCCCCGCUGCGCUCGCGGUUAUCCUGCAGCAGAUCGUGCAUAUAUUGAAGCAGCACUCCAGGAUAACUGAGCGCGAGCUGCACCACAUAGUUACCGACCUAGUGCUGGGCGGGUACGUGUGCGCAGGCGUGGCGAGCCCGGACGCGCACGGUAUCGUCGACGCCCCCCUGUCGUACAUCGCGCGCGCCAACCUGUCGCAGGUCGCGCAGAUACUACAAGGCCUGUGCUUGGCUAAGUAUCAGGAGGUGGAUCCAAAAGUGCGCGACGUGUACGCGAAAUUCGAGCGGUCUUGCGUGUGGUCGCUGGUGGAGAGUUUGUACACGGACGCGCACGCGCUGGCCCCGCCCCCGCCGCCCGCCGCGCCGCUGCGUACCGACGUGCGGGCGCACACCGCCGUCGCGUUAUAUACCGCGCCCGACGCUCAUCAGCUGGUAACGUUUUUAAGAUUCGCCUCGUCGAAGCUAAACAACAACAAUCAGAACGGCAUCGAGGAACAAAACGGCGCUGGCGCCCAAAACCCGGCCGAAGAUUGCUUUGGGGACGCUCCGGCGUGCGUGUCUAGUGCGAUGGGCGGAGCGAGCGCGCUGGCGGCACGACUGAGCGCACGCGAGCCCGCCUACCGCGACCGCCUACAUCACGCGCUCCGCAAAAUGCCUGACUUUAGCGCCGUCAGAUCAAUUUCCGAGGCGAAGGACACGAUGUCAGAAAACGGUCACGGAAGGCGGGGCAUCCUGGGCAAGGUGAGCAAGCCCCGCCUCCCGCGCUCCACCAGCGCCGACGACAAGAUGGCCGCUGACCUCGAGCCGCCGGAGGUGCUCAUCAUCAAACUGGCUACUGUCGAGGAGCAAGACUACUUAGGAUUGAUCGGUGAGUCGAAGGUUCUGGAGUGCUACUACGGCGGGUCAGAAGCGGGCGACGCCGACGACGCCGUCGUCCCGGCCGGCCCACCGCCCGUUCAAAAGCGUACGCGGUUCUCAGUGUCGCACGACGAGGUGUCGUUGGGCAACACGUCAGACAACCUGGAAGCGGUGUCGGAGGCGGCGUCCAACCACAGCGUCACCUCUAGUCUUGAGCUCGAGACGGAAGACCACCACGACAACCUCUCCGACAUGGUAUCGGCGAACGUGAGCGGUCGCGGCAGUCCCAACAUCUCGGGGCGCGAGACGCCAUCAUCACAAGUCACAGACGGCGACGCUGCGGGUGACGCGCCACGACGAGUUCAACCAAACGCACCUCCUAAUCAAGCUUCGGGCGCGUUGCACGCUAAACAUCUGAAACAAACACGAAACGACAUCGAGGAUAAGUUUUGCAAGUUCGAAAUUAAGAAGCUGCUGGAGGGCGACGAGACGAUCAGCAUAAUGUCUGACACUUGGAGCACGGACGUGCUGGCUUCCGAUUCCGAGACCAUCGGCGACUCCUGCGAGCCCGCCACGCCCGCCGCGCCACCAGGGGGCGGGGCGCUGGGCGGCGCUCCGGACGUGUCGGAGACGGCGAGCGAGUCCGCCUGGAGCAUGGACGUUCUCGCAUCCGACAGCGAUCGCAACACUGAGGUGGACACGGACGACUGCGUGUCUGUGGCGGCGCGCUCCGACACGUCGUGGCCGCGCCGCCCCUCCGGACACGACGACCUGCCCCGCUCGCACCAGAACGCGAGGCGGCCAGACACUGGCAGUCCGCGCCACGCCUCCCGCUCCGGCAUGCCGAAUAGGAGCGGCGUGUCGGUGGCGACGGCGGCGCUGGCGCGCGGCGCGGAGCUCGACCUGCCCGCGAUGCCCGCGCUGCCCUACCCCAGCGAGAACCGAAAGAGCAUACUCGUCAACGGCUACCCGGUGAUGACGUGCUACGCAACGUCCGCCCCGGAGAGCCCGAGUACGGGCGCUACGCUGCCUCCAGACUUGUUCUACCACCAGAAUAGCGACAACACGGACGCGUCGUCCGAACCGCGCGCGGAGAGUAUAGUCGCUGUGGCAGGCGAGGCCGCGGGGGAGGGAGACGCGGAGGCGGGCGAGGGCGAGGGGGCGGAGCCAGCGGGCGCGGGGGUGGACGCCACCAGCCAGUGGGUCGACGACAGCUUCCCCAAGUACGACAUGCCGUCAACGUCCAAGUCCUACGAGGAGAACGAUCUGAUGGACAGGUCGCUAAACUCCAGCGAAAGCUCGUUCAACGCGCUGUCGGUGUCCCAAUACGAGCGGCGGUACUCGGGCGAGCCGCGCUCCGCCAUCUCCGAGCUGAUGACGCGCAUGGGCGCCGCCGGCAUCUCCUCCGCCGCGCUCGUCAACAACGUCAGCCGCAUCAAGUCCGAGAUCCGCACCAGCAUCAUCAACAUCAGCUCGUCCCGCAUCGAGAAGCGUCGCGACGCCAGCAACAUGUCGCUGAGCACGCUGUCGGUGAACAGCAUAGAGUCGGCGUCGGACCGCAGCUCCAGCCAGGACGUUAACUCCGACAACGUCACCGAGCGCCGCGUCAGCCCCCCGCCUAAGCCGUCCACUGGCGCUAUACCCAAGAGCAUCAGCUUUGACGCUACGGCUGAGAAGACGCAGAGGCGUCGUAACAUCGACGAGGCGCUGGCGGGCAACCUGGACGAGCUGAAGAACAACGUGAAGCGGUCCGGCGGCAGCUUGCUGCACAAGAUCAAGAUGUUCCGACACAAGGGGCGCUCGCACAACCAGGGAGAUAUAAAGUCAUCGAUGGAGGAGGCGAGCGUGGAGGAGUGUCACGCGGAACCGGCGGAGAGCUCCGAGGAGAUCCUGGCCAAGUACCGCAGCCCGGCCGGGGACAGACCGGACCGGGACAGAUCGGACCGCGAUAGACCGGACCGCGCGGACAGAACAGAGCAGGAGAUUGAGAGGAGCGAAGGCGUGAUCGACCUGAGCGACCCCGAAGCGUUCAACAGCAUGAAGCGGCGGCUGCGAGCCGUGCUGUCCAACGUCGACCACAACGCAGACUUCGUGCCUAAUCGAUGCACAAGCAUGUCUCUGGCGGAGUGGGUGCGUGCGGGCGCAGGGGCGGAGGGCGUGUCGUGCGGGCGCGCGUUGGGCGUGGCCGGUGGUGCGGGCGCGGCGCGGCUGGCGGCGGCGCUGCGGGCCGACCUCGCCGCAAGACGACCCUACGCCUCAUAUCUCGCUGCCUGUCGAGCGGCCUUGCUGCAUCAUACGCACCACCUUAGCGCUCAGACGCGCAACGCUCGCGCGGAAAGCACGGAGUUGGCGCGCGCGGCGGCGGCGGCGCGCACGCUGGAGCAACUCGAGCGCGGCGCGGCGCUGCGACGCGUCGCACGCCUGCACACACAGCGACCUAUCAACGCUAUGAACGGUGGCGAGCUCAUAGACGAGAAGGCGUCGCGUCUCGCCGCCAACAUCAAGGCGAUCACAGCUGAGAUUAAAGCUGACCCCUCGUGGGAAGGCGCCACGUCGACGGUGCUAGAGAGCGCGGAGCUGACGGUGGAGCGCGCCGUGUUCGCGCGCCUCUACCUCUACAUACUGUUCCCCAACGGCGACGGCGACAUCGCCCGCGACCAAGUGUUCAGCGAGCACGUGCGGCGGCUGGCCGGCGGCGCGAGCGCGGCGCGUCUAGGUCUGGCGGCGCGACACCGCUGGGCCGCGCCCUUCCCGCACGCGCAGGCGGUGCUGCGACAGCUGGCCGUGUGCCGCUCCCCGCGAGACAAGGUGGCGUGCGUGCUGCGUGUGGUGCGGUCGCUGAGCGCGACGCUGGCGCUGUCGAGCGGCGCGCCGCCCGCCGCCGACGACAUCACGCCCGCGCUAGUGCUUAUCAUCAUCAAGGUGAACCCGCCGUCGCUGCUAUCGACAGUGGAGCUGGUGUCGUGCCUGGGCGGCGCGGCGCUGGCGGGCGAGGCGCUGUACUGGUGGACGCACUUCUGCGCCGCCGUCGCACACAUCAAGACCAUGGACUAUCCCGCCGACUCCUAGCGCCCGCCCGCGCUGAUUUCAGCGCUGAAGAACUUAAAGUUAUCAGUACGACAGUACACCGCGCGCUACGGACGCAGGCAUUCCGUGUAGUCGGUGUAGACACGCUCGACACAAGUAUUACAUAUUUAUUAACAUUAAUAAUCGUGAAUACAUUCA